AGCGGAGCUCGAGCAAUGCAAUGGCUAGGCUCUUGGUUAUUGUGAAGCUGUGCAUCCUCCUCUUUAUUCCAACGUACAGAAUUGCUAGCGGCCAGCUGCUGACAUCAAAGAAUUCCACACGAUGCUCAGAUCUCUACACGUUUACUAGCCAGCAGUAUCGCAGGAAUAUCAUCCAGGCUUUUGGUUCUCUGGCAAACACCACGGAUUACAAGACGGUGAUCAUAAACAGCAACAAGAAUGGCUCUACAGUUGACACAGUGUUUGGCCUCCUACAAUGCCGUGGAGACAUUUCCUCCAGCGACUGCAAUGCCUGCGCUUCGACUGCCAUCAACUCUCUCAAUGGAUCCUGCGUCAGAAAUUCUACAAAGGGGGGACGGGUGCAGGAAGAGACGUGUUUUCUACGCUACGAAGAUCACUACUUCUUUUCGAAUUACUCUGGAAUCGACUCGGCUCUGGUGAACUGCUCGUCCGGCAUCAGUAACUCCAGCCAGUACCGUUCGAACACAGACACCGGUUUUGCGUUUCUGAGAGACCGUAUUCCAGGUAGUGCUGGUGGCUUCAUGAUAGCUGUUGCUGGAACUUCUCCCGACAACAGCGCGUACGUUCUGGGACAAUGUGUUCGUGAUCUGAGCACUUCUGACUGCGCGACCUGCUUGGAGAAAGCCAGAAGCUCAUUGUCCAAUACUUGCAAUGGCAGAGAUGGAGGAGCUUGCUACCUGGCUGAAUGCAAUAUGCAGUACGAGAGUUUCAAGUUUUUUGGUGGAGUUCCCGUCAACGCAAGCAGCAGUACCGCGGUUUCCACUUCUGGCGGAGGUAGCAACAAAGCAAGAAAUGUAGGCAUAAUCGUGGGAGUAAUCGCCGCAGUGCUGCUAGUUGCUGGUAUAGCUCUUGGUAUGAAUUGGAGGUGGCGAAAAAAUGGUAAAUUUGCCAAUGACUUACAAAGUACCUUGCAUCGCGGGCCAGUUACGUUCCCAUAUCGGAUGCUGAAAUCGUCCACUGCAAACUUCGACGAAAGCCACAAGCUCGGUGAAGGUGGCUUUGGUGCUGUUUACAAGGGAUAUCUUCCAGAUGGAUCCGAAGUGGCGAUCAAAAAGCUCACCGUCACCUCCAAGCACGGUGAGCUUCAGUUUCUGAACGAAGUCAAGGCAAUCAGCAACGUGCAGCAUCGGAACUUGGUAAGGCUGCUUGGAUGUUCUACGGAAGGCACAGAAAGGCUUCUCGUCUAUGAGCUCCUCAAGAACAACAGUUUGGAAAACGCUUUGUUCGGCCCUGUAGAGAAGCCCCUGUCCUGGGAAACUCGCCAUAACAUUCUCUUGGGAACUGCUCGUGGUUUAGCAUAUCUCCACGAAGACUCACAAAUACGAAUAGUACACAGGGACAUCAAACCGAGCAACAUUCUCCUGGAUGAGUUCUACGAGGCCAAGAUAGCCGACUUUGGAUUGGCAAGGCUGUUCGAAUCGUCCCAUCAGCUGGAGGUUCUAACCACCAAAGCUGCAGGAACAUAUGGCUACAUGGCGCCAGAGUACGCACUCAAUGGUCAGCUGAGCGACAAGAUCGAUGUUUACAGCUAUGGAAUCGUCAUUCUGGAAACCGUGAGUGGCAAAAGAAACCGAGACAGAUCACUGGUGGACGAGGCAUGGCAGCUUCACGCUGACACAGGAGGACUAUUUGGCGGCUUUGUGGACCCGAAACUGGAGAACGAAGUUUCCAACAGCCAGGCGCUGCAGCUGGUGACACUGGCGCUCAUGUGUACUCAAGACUUGCCUCAGGCGCGGCCGUCUAUGCCUCACGUCGUCGCGGUGCUGGCGGGGUACUCAAACGCUCACGUUCCAGAGAACUUGAGCCGAUCAUCUUCACUCUCCUACACAGCCAUGCGAUCCAAUGACUCCACCAGGAUCUCCUCGGGAGCUUCCAAUGAAUCCCCCCAGAUUUCCACCUUGGGGCCACGAUAGUUCCAUUUUGAUUUUGGAGCUUGUGGCGAGUGUUGAUAUGUUCUACGACGACACGAAAGGUUUAGAGAGACCUUUAUUUAGAAACGCAAGAGUACCUUAUUUGCUGGUUCGAUAGUCUAGACUUUAACGUGAAUAAAAGAUAUUUGUGGCUGUAAAAGAUGGUCACAGCU